CCGGGAGGCGGCCCGCCGCGGCCGGGGCUGACGUCACAAGGCACCCAGCCGCCGGCGCCCCGCGGUGCGCGCCCCGCGCCGGGACCCGCCGUCCUCUCGGCGCGACACCUAGGCGCGCCCGCGCGCGUGCCCGUGCCCGUCCCCGCCCGCCAGCGCCGCCGAAGAUGGCGAGCCCGGCGCCCCCGGAGCCCGCCGAGCAGGGAUGCCCGGCUCCCGCAGCCGCCGAGCAGGCGCUGCCGCCGCCGCCGCCGCCCCGGGCUCCCCGCGAGGAGCAGGAGGGGGAAGCUCAGGAGGAAGGGGCGGCGGCGGGCGCGGGCCGGCAGGUGGAGGAGGCCGCCGGCGGAGUGGCCGCCGCGGUGACCUGGCUGCUGGGGGAGCCCGUGCUGUGGCUGGGCUGCCGCGCCGACGAGCUCCUGAGCUGGAAGAGGCCGCUGCGCAGCCUGCUCGCCUUCGUCGGGGCCAACCUGCUGUUCUGGUUCCUUGCACUGACUCCAUGGAGAGUGUAUCACCUGAUUUCUAUCAUGAUCCUUGGACGUGUUAUUAUGCAAAUAAUAAAGGAUAUGGUUUUGUCUAGAACAAGAGGUGCACAGUUGUGGAGAAGCUUCAGUGAAAGCUGGGAAGUUAUCAAUUCCAAACCAGAUGAAAGACCCAGGCUCAGCCACUGUCUUGCAGAAUCAUGGAUGAAUUUCAGCCUAUUUCUUCAAGAAAUGACUCUGUUUAAACAGCAGAGCCCUGGCAAGUUUUGUCUCCUGGUCUGCAGUGUAUGCACCUUUUUUACGAUCUUGGGAAGUUACAUUCCUGGGGUUAUACUGAGCUAUCUACUGUUACUAUGUGCAUUUCUGUGUCCACUGUUUAAGUGUAAUGAUAUUGGACAAAAAAUAUACAACAAAAUCAAGUCAUUUCUGCUGAAACUAGAUUUUGGAAUCAGAGAAUAUAUUAACCAGAAGAAACGUGAGAGAGCUGAAGCAGAUAAAGAAAAAAGUCACAAAGAUGACAGUGAAUUAGACUUUUCAGCUCUCUGUCCUAAGAUUAGCCUGACCGCUGCCCUCAAAGACUUGUCUGUGUCUGACACAGACGUGUCCGAGGUCUCCUGGACUGACAACGGGACCUUCAACCUUUCAGAAGGAUACACUCCGCAGACGGACACUUCUGACGAUCUUGACCGACCUAGUGAGGAAGUUUUCUCUCGAGACCUUUCAGAUUUUCCAUCUCUAGAAAAUGGCACAGGAACAAACGAUGAGGAUGAAUUAAGCCUUGGCUUGCCCACUGAGCUCAAGAGAAGAAAGGAGCAGCUGGACCGCGGUCCCAGACCCAGCUCCGAGAGGCAGGCGGUGGCCGGCCUCACCCUUCCUCUGAGCGGUGACCAAACCUUCCACCUAAUGAGCAACCUGGCUGGGGACGUCAUCACUGCCGCGGUGACGGCCGCCGUCAAAGACCAGUUAGCAGGCGUGCAGCAGGCACUGUCUCAGGCCGCCCCCAGGCCAGGGGAGGACACAGACACGGAGGAAGGGGAUGACUUUGAACUACUGGACCAGUCAGAGCUCGACCAAAUUGAGAGUGAAUUGGGGCUUUCACAAGACCAGGAAGCAGAAGCCCCGCAAAGUAAGAAGGCUUCGGGCUUUCUUUCAAAUCUCCUCGGAGGCCAUUAGUCUGGGAAUCAGCUUGUAUGACAGAGCACAGAUAAACUACCAAAAAAUUUCGAACAAGCAAAAAAAAAAAAAAGAAAAAAAAGGAAAGGAAACCUUUUUGAACCGUGAGCUUUACUGAUUACUUUAGAAUGUUUUUGGCCUUUUUUUCUUUUUCCCUUCUGCAGUGAGUUAAUUGGAUAUAUAUCAGCCGACACUGAUAGAUGGUUAUUUCUCAUAGUUAUUUUUAUGUAAUGCGCAUGGAAAUGAACUUUAUAUAUAUAUGUAUAUAUAUAUUUACUGUGUUGUCAGAGUUGACUAUUAGAGGUUGUUUUUAAAGCAAAAUGAAAACACCCAAUUCUUGAGGGCCUCCCACUAGUAUUCCUUAUUUUUUCUUCACAAUUCAUUUUUCAAGCAUGCAAAAACAGUUUAUUGUAACUCGCUGAAAUAUUAACAGUUAAUUGUGAAACAUGCUAUAUUGGCUCCUCUGUUCCUAAUGCUUGGAAACAGUCAAAAAAUUUUGGUAGAUUUUGAUGUAA